AUGAGCUGCAGCAUACCAGCCAUUGCAGCAGCACUUGUUGUACAGAAGCAGGGCUGGAUAGAUCCCCUAUCGAAAUAUCAUGGUUUUGGUUCUGAAAACACUCUUUUACUUUAUUCAGGGAAGCAAUGCUUGAGUAGAUAUGUCCUUCCUUCUUUUCAAGACCAUGGUGGUGUUUCACACAAGGUUAAGCCACAGGAAGCACCAACUGCUUUCCAAGAUGUAAAAGUUGUUGGAUUGGCUGAUGUUGAAGGGAGAAUCAAUGUCAUUGUAAAUAAUGGACAGGUUCUCAGAUGUACAUUUCGUAGAUACCCUUCAUCAUUAUUGGCAAAUGAUUGCAUCACAGCAACGGUCGAGGGACUUGAAGUUAAUUUAUAUAAUCAUUUUGUGGGUCUUCUUUGGGGCAAUGAUGAUUCAGCAAUGGCCGAGGGACUUGUUGCUCUGGUAUUGACAGUUGCUCAGAAGUUUCUAAAAGAUGGUGACAAGGUGGAAGGGGUGAAACAUAUAGGUCCAGCAAAGAUGGUUUUUUACUUCACUGGGGAAACAAAUAUCCUCUACACGUUUGGGGGACAUGCUGUUACAGUAGUGUGUUGA